AUGCCGAAGAAGAAAGUCGCCAAAGUAAAGAGGGUCAAGGCCGGGAAAGGGAAAAAAGAAGCAAAACAGGAGUCAAAAGCGGAUAAAGAGUCAGAUGUGGAGAAGGCCAGGGCGAACGCUGCCCUCUGGGAGCUGAGGCUGCAGGUCACCGACCAGUCGCUCGUGCAGUACCGCGAGGCUUGCCGCAAGUUGGCAUGCGCAAAUGAAGAGCUCACCAACCAAAUGUUCCGCGCGGAGAAGGACACAAUCGACAUGACUGGCUUUCUUAAGAGACAAGAUGCAGCCAAAGAGGAGAGGAUUCAUGUGCUGCAGAAGAGCCUCAAAAGCCAAAAGUUACUCGCCCGUGAAGAGCAAAACAAACUGGCGGACGAUUACACACUUCAAAUCAAUGCCAUGAAGGAUCUGUUCAAAAAGAAGUCCAGCGAUUUUGACAUGAUCCAGGAUGGGAUGAGGAAAAUUAAGGAGUUUAAGAAGACAAAAUUCCAUAUGGAGCAGGAGCUCAGUGAUGUCAGAGAAUGCAUGGAUGCAGCUGAAAAGGAGCACAGGGAAAACUUGAACGGAAUGGAGUGCAAAUUCUUAAAAGAAAAGGCUCAGCUGGAGAGUGAAGCUGAGAAAAGGAUAGCUGCGGUAGUGAAGGAGGCCCACAAUCAAGCCAUUGCGCAGUUGGACGACUCCUUGCGGUCUGUGUUCAGGGAGAACAUCCGUCUGAAUGAAUCGCUGAAGUAUCACAUAAAGGAGGCAGAUGAGCUUCAGAAAGUGACAAGUUCAUUGGCAAAGGAAAAUGCAUCCCUGGAACUGGACAAGCCUCUCAGUGGUCAGUGGUUGUGGUGAAACACAUUUGAGUUGAUUGUAAAGAAGAAUGCUGCUCAGAUGGAGGCCCAGAAAGAAGAGCUAUCUCACCUUAAGGCCAAGGUGGUGUCAUUGGAGAAGGCCCUCGAGGUAAAAGUGGGGGAAUCACAGCGAGAGAUUGAGAAGGAGAAAGAGAAGACCCUAGUAAUGACCCAGGCCAGCCAGGUAGAUUUGGUGAAGCUGCAAAAAGUGCUGAACAUGCGAGAAGGGGAAUUGCAGCACAUCAAGAAGCUAGCAGGCACCAUUGUGGAACAGCGUACAGAGCUGGAGCAGUUCUUCCACGAGGCCUUGGCCCAAGUGAAGCAGGAGAUAAUGGCCAGCAGGCUGCAGUACAAAAAGGAGGCGCUGCAGGCUUAUCACCGGAGGCUGAGAGAAGCUACAGCCGGAAAGCUUCGGUUCCCACCCAUCCGCACCUUUCAUAAAAUCCCCCACAGUACCAACUCUGUGCAUUCAGACAUGGAGGCAGCUUCACAGUGGACUCAUCAGCCAGGCAGCAAGGUUGAAAUCUCAGAUCUCACCUGGGAGCAGAAGGAACACAUUCUCAGACUUCUCUUUGCUAAGAUGAAUGGACAGACUGUAAGGAAAGUUAACCAACAUCUGGCUUUGUCUGCCUCCUCUGAGAAGAGCCUCAUCGACAGCCAUGCUGCCAGAAUUAAAGAGGAGCCAUCUCGAGCGACCUUCAUCACAGACGCGCCUGAACCCGCUCUCCCCCCAAACCCAAACAGCCUACCGGAUAUACGCACCACAUGACCUCU